GUAUAAAAUGAAGCUUUGAUGGCUGGAGGCGUCUUAGUUGGCGGUGAAUUCGUGUUAGGUGAUAAGUGUGAUAACAAUUAUAUAAUAGCAAAAUGAAAUUCGUAGUGCUCAUCUUCGCAAUCUUGACUUGCUUCGUGCUUCUGUCAACCGCAGCACCAGCUAAUGAACCUGGCGUACAAUUCCUGAAAUAUAGCAACGAUCAGGAGCUUGAGGAACUGCAAAAACAAAUCAUCGCUCAAUACGAACACCUUGGAGGCACAUCGCAAUUUCAUCAAAUUCAAAGUGCCAGCGUUGUUGAUACGGCCACUUUGAGAAUCAGUAUCUAAGAUGUAAAUUAAUACAAAUGUGUAUGUUAUAAUGUUAUUGUCUUUUGGAAAAUCAAUAAAAAUCUGUUAUAUUUAUAAA